AUGUCUUCUAAACAGGUCAGCUUUGGAGACUUGCCGAUCGAAUCUUCUGAUGAUGAGCAUCAAUCACAAGAUGAAGAGAAGAGUGAAGAAUUGACGAUUCUAGAAGAAUACAAGCUUUGGCGAAAGAAUUGUCGAUACAUGUACGAUUUCAUCAGCGAGACCGCGUUGACAUGGCCCUCAUUAUCCAUACAGUGGAUCCCGGGCGGCACAUUCGAGAACAAAACGAAGGACACAAAGAUUUCCAAAACUAGAAACCUUCUUUUGACUACCCAUACUUCUGGAGAAGAUGUCAACUAUUUGAAAAUAGCGUCCACUCAAAUACCUGCUUCAAUUUGGGGAAAUGGACCCGAAAUCAGCCCCGAGGAGCUACAGCAAAUCAACUCUAGACUCCGGAUCUCCAAGAAGCUAGACCAGGAAUCAGAAAUCAAUAGAGUGCGCGCUAUGCCGCAAAAUUCUAGAAUUAUUUCCACGAUCAAUGGUAAGGGAGACGUUUUUGUGUACCAUUUGGACGCUAAAAUGAACGAAGAAAAUAGGACUAGACUCGUACAUCAUACCGAAAAUGGCUAUGGAUUGAGCUGGAACCCAAUUGUGGAGGGAGAGCUAGCUACGUGUUCUGACGACCAAACGGUGGCCGUGUGGGACAUCACUCGCUCGGGGGCAGAGAUCACGCCUAUUAAUGUGUUUACUAGCCAUACAAGCAUUGUCAAUGAUGUUAGGUGGCACACCUUUAGCGGCAACUCACUGGGUUCUGUGUCUGAGGACAAACAUUUCAUUUACCAAGACAAAAGGACAAAAGAACCAGCCAUUGAUACCAUUUUGAGCACCAAAACCAGCUUCAACACUCUUUGCUUCUCGAGAUUCUCAAAAUACUUAUUUUCUGCCGGUGGUGAAGAUGGAAACGUGUACCUUUAUGACUUGAGAGAUGUUUCCAAGCCCCUUCAUAUAAUGAUGGGACACACAAAAUCUAUUACGAACCUAGAGUGGGAUCCGUUCCACGAGAAUAUAGUUGGAUCUUCCUCCUCCGAUCGCCGCAUAAUAUUGUGGGAUAUCAAUAAGAUCGGUAAAGAACAAUUGCAAGAUGAGAUGGAAGACGGUGUUCCUGAGCUACUUAUGAUGCACGGUGGACAUACAGGUGGAAUCAACGAUUUCCAGUUUAGCGAAGAGAUCCCAUGGACUGUGGCUAGUUGUGCAGAUGACAACAUCGUCCAUCUUUGGAAAGUGAAUAGGAAAGUCGUUGAGGAAGAGCCUUCAGAAGUUGAUUUGUCUGAGCUCGAAUGA